UUUUUUAAAUCAAAACCGAGAGCAGUUGGCAACGAGCGGUCGUGUAUAUCGGAUGGGUCAUAGCGCAGAUUCUUUUGAUUUUAUUCCAGAAUAGUGCAGCGGUAUAAAUACACACACACACACACACAGAUAAAGGUGUAUGUGGAAAGCGGGCGCAGUUAACGGUUUCGUGGCGGUGCGUGUAGAGAUGCGUGAAUCUGCUGGAUACAAAUGAUUCGAUAUCGUUUCGGUUCGGGCCAAAAAUCACACACUUUCGAAAAGAUACAUUCUGGUAGAUACAUUCGCGUACAUAAACUGUUUCAAUUAUUUUAUUGGCCUGCUCAUGGACAAAGUAAAGCCGAAUUGGAAGUGAAUCAAGUGAUGUGAAGUGAAUUAUAAACAAAACUUUUAACUGGAAGAAUAUUUUCGACUGAAAAAGAGCACCUAUGUAAACAGUCAAAAUGUCGAAGAAGCCACGUGGACACAUUCACAAAAUUCGAGAGUUUGAAUUGGAAAAGAUCCAGCUUGUGGACGAGUUUGAUAUCAUACAGAUUGUCGGUGAAGGAUGGUUCGGAAAGAUACUGCUGGUCGAGCACCGUGGAUCCCAGACUGAAAUGGUCCUAAAGGCUGUGCCCAAACCCUAUGUGACUCUGCGGGACUUCUACCGGGAGUUCCACUACGGACUCCAUUUGGGUGUACAUCGACAUAUUGUAACCACCUACGAUGUGGCCUUUGAAACAGCCGGAUUUUAUGUUUUUACCCAAGAAUAUGCUCCGCUUGGGGAUCUCACAUCGAACGUGACCGACUCGGGCGUUGGCGAAGUUUACAGCAAGCGUGUGGCCAAACAGCUGGCCUCGGCCAUAGACUACAUGCAUUCAAAAGACAUAGUGCAUCGGGAUAUAAAAUUGGACAAUGUGCUUAUCUACCGCUCGGAUUUUCAGCGCAUCAAGCUCUGCGAUUUCGGGGAAUCGUAUCCCACAGGAUCCGUGGUGGAGCGCCGUAACGAGUGGCUGCCAUACAGUCCUCCUGAAGUAUUAGAAAUCAAACCAGAGGGUAGCUACAAAGCCGAUCCCAGCCAUGAUGUGUGGCAGUUUGGCAUUGUGAUCUUUGUGUGCCUGACGGGAUGCUUGCCCUGGCAGAAGGCUGCCUCGGACGACCCUCGCUAUGUUCGGUAUUUGGCCUGGCAGGGCGGUCUUAUGAUGAUGCCUCUAAGACGAACCCCGCGUCUUUUCAAACUCCUAACGUCCAAUGCUCAGCGCAUGUUCAAGCGCUUCUUUGCCAGGAUCUCCAAUCGCCCGAAGAGCCUGGCUGAUGUGACCAAGUUCCUAGAUGACCGCUGGCUGGCCAAGACUGCUCAGAAGGAAAUGGCCGAAUACGAGACCGACGAGCUGUGCCCGUCCAUGUACUCCUUCCACAGCAGCCCAGAUGAGAAGAAUCGACUGCUGUAUACCCUGGCCGAUUGCGGGAUAGAAACGAAUGUGGAUCGACAGCAGAAGAAGAACCGCAUCAAAGACUGGAUUGAGUCGUCCAUCAUCACUGAGGAGGAUGAGGAGGAGAACGAGGAAACCAAUUCCGCCUCGCCUUCUUCGUCUGUAUCCAGGGAGCCCCUACCCGGGCACAUUUCCUCGCUGCGCAAGCAGACCUUAAGCCCCCAGGAGCCGGGCGCCAAAGAGAUCAAGAGCACCCUAAAAGAUGCCACCCAGAAGCACUUUGACCCGAGAACGGGGGCCCUGCAGCAAGGUCCCAGCGAGAUGGGCCAGGUUGGCAUGUCGUAUUCCAAGUCCGCCAGUCCCUCCUCCAACUACAGCACCACAGCUUCCACAUUGAACAAUGCGGAUAGUCUGAUGACAUUGGGAUCGCGGCAGGACCUUUUGGCCAGCAACUUGACCAUGUACACGUCCAUGGAAACGGAGCUGAAUCGUCUAGGUGAGGCUGAUCCACGUACGAUCCAGCGCUCGCUGAGCAGCAAUCCCUUGCUAACCAAAAACACCACCACCUUUGAUGUAAACACCUCCCCCGCCGCCAAAAACUCCAUAGGUGUGGGCACCCGUAGCUCGAGUCGUAGCAUCCUUAAGUCCUCCAUCGUUACCGCUGCUUAUCCCGCUUUGGGCGUCUUUAACCUUCACAACCAAAGUAAUAGCCUGCAGCUUCUAAACCAGCACCUUCAAACCUCAAGCACGACCGCAAGCGCGGGCUUUUCCCCCAACGGCAGCACGUUCUUAAGGCGAUGACUACCACCGCCGGCUAGCCAUUAAUCCUUGCCGCACUUUCAGAGCUUUGCGAUGCCCGGCACUCGAGCAGCUACGCUAACCUCCUACCGUAUGCUUCUCAAGUUAAAGACAGCGCCUACGGAUCGGCCGAUGUG